AUCAUCAGCAUCAAUCUUCAUCCUUCGCUUCGAGUAUAUCCAAAACUACCACACUCUUUUCAACUCUUAUAUAUAAUUCUUAAUAUCGGUUUUAAUCCUUCCGACCCACCAUCAAAAUGAAGUUCUCCAUCUCCGCUGUUGUCCUGGCUCUUGCCGCCGUUGCCGUUGCCGCCCCCGGUGGUGAAUACAGAUCCCCCAAGGGUGAUGGUGACGUUGAGGUCAACCAGGUCACCAACCAGUGCGGAAAGGCUCAGAUCUCUUGCUGCAACAAGAAAAUCACCACUGUCAACGGUGGUGACAAGAACACUGGCCUUCUGGCCGGCGUUUUGGGCACUGUCGUUGGCAAGGGCAGUGAUAUUGGCAUUUUCGACCAAUGCUCCAAGCUCAGCGCCAGCGCUCUCAUCGGUGUCACCGACAUCCUCAGCGGCAACCAAUGCAAGCAGAACGUCGCCUGCUGCCAAGGCAACUCCCAACACGCUGAGGGCUUCAUUGCUCUUAACCUUCCUUGCAUUCCCAUUUCCGGCUUCUAAGCGGUUUCACCUCCCGUCGUCUAAUUUAGCUAUUUGACCCUCGACUCUGGUUGUUUUCUAAGGCGAUGUCUCUUGAUCGCUGGGAAAAAGGCUUCUGUAUGGCGAUUUGAAACUGAAAUCACGAGACAAUUCCAAUAUUUUCGAACAAAUAUAUAUUCCAUAGCAUGUACAAUAUUUGUUCAAAAAGGCUUUCUCUUCUUGUCUCUGUCUCUUGUAUAUGAGGUUGGUUUGGAGUGCAUGGUAAUAAGACCUGUAUUUGAUGUGUCAAUUGUGAUGUUACUACAAGUAUGGGGAUAGAUAUUUUUGGCCCUUGUAUUUACAAGGUAGACUUGGAUACUUAAUGGAGUUUCGAAGUUUGCUGAUUUAAAUUGUUCUAUUAUUCCUUCGUGAAUACCGCUCGCUUUCCACGUGGCCAUAACUACCUGUCCGUAACAUCAUUUGUGUUAAC